AUGACGUGCAGGCAGAGCUCUACCACUGCAAGUCCUGGAAGCAGGCCUUGGAGGUGCUUGAAUUGCUGCAGGGCACGUGGACCAACAGCGAGGAAACCAUCGGGAGAGCUACGUGGUGACCGGGCGGUCGGUCAAACGCACCAACGACAAGGGCACCGUGAGCUUCCAGAACCAUUUGCAAUGGGAGGACCAGUGGUGCGCCCUUUCCUGGGGCUCCGGCCAGCGAGAUACUUUUUGGACACGCCAAAGCCGAAUGCCAAGUCGGUGAGCUGGACGGCCUGGGGCAGAGGUGGCAAGCCAUUUCGCUGGCACAGGCCUGCGGACUCCAAGGGCGAAGCUGCGGAGAAGGCCGAGGAGCCUUUGAAGCCACGGCCAAAGGCAAUGCCGAGAAGUACCCAGGCCCCGCCAGAACCCAAGAUUCCCAAGAUGCUUCAGCCGAAGCCCAAGAUCCUGCCGCAGAAAGUACCUGAGCCUAAAAGCAUGCCUGAGCAGCCCAAGAAGCGUACGAGCAGCCAUCCCUGGAGAGGUGAGAAGCAGCCCGCAAAGCAGCCACGGCAGGAAGAGCCGCAGGCUGAACCGGCGAAAGAUGCAGAUGCGAAAGAUGCAGAUGCGAAAGAUGCAGAUGCGAAAGCGUCGCCGGCAGGGAAAAGCAACGCACCAAGCCAGGUCAAGGCCAGCAACCCUGAGACCACAGGCUGGGAAAAAGAGCGGAUCAUAGCCCGGAGCAUUCUGGUUCGAGGUUUCCGGCCAGAUCCCGACAAGGAGGAUGCGCUAUCCGAACCAGAGGAGGCACGAGAGGAGCUGGUAGCAGCUGAUCCAGCUGUGAAGCAGGAGGCCGACAGCUCAACAGGUGUUGGAGAGCUACCCAUGUCUGAGUAG